CAGAGGCCCAGAUUUCUACUACAAUGGUCCAGACAGUGGAAAGUCAAGCAAAGACUACACCAUCAACAUCAGCAACAACUCAAACAUUAACAGCAUCCUCAGAAUUAUCAACAACAAAUUUAAUAACAACGUCAGCAAUAAUUACAACUUCUACUUUUGAAAUGACGACGUCAAUGAGAGAUGAAACACAAACCUCAUCAGAAGAGAGACCAACUAGUACAGUUACAACGUUUGUAGCUAUGUGCCCCUGUUCAUGUGAUUACAUGGACAAAAUCGAGUACUGGAGAAAUGAAACAAACCAGAUGAGACAGUACCAUGAACUGAGUCAAAGGUUGGCUCAACUCAAACGCCUCCUCAGCGUGAACACAAAAAAUCUCUCCUCAACUGUAAACAAGAAGAUCAGCGCUGACGAUGAGCGACCAUCAGCCUCUGUAACAGGUUACGUGGGAGCUGCCUUUAUAGCCCUAGUUCUUGGUGGAAUAGUCCUGGCUGAUGUUCCUGUGUUGAUCCGACAGACUUGUAGACUUCUUAAAGACAUCCGAAAACUGUGUGUUCGAAAAUAAAUUACACUGUUGUGUGGCAUUUUGUAUCAGUUACACUGGUCUCUAUUUUUAAAAUUUAUUUUAUGUGCAAUGUACUUUCAAAGUUAUUCUGAAAAGUUAAAGUACGCG